CCCGUGCGUUGCGACGCGGUGAUUGGCGGAGACCCUGUGUGUGGCGCUGAGAGAGCGAGAGCGAGGCUGCAGCGGAGCGAGCUCCGGUAUAGGCACAGUCGGCGCCGGUCCACCAGCCUAGAGACUCCGGUACCCCUCAACCUCGCAGAGAAAUCAGCAUGGAUAAAAACGAGCUGGUGCAGAAGGCCAAACUGGCCGAGCAGGCUGAGAGAUAUGAUGAUAUGGCAGCCUGCAUGAAGUCUGUGACUGAGCAAGGAGCAGAAUUAUCCAAUGAGGAGAGGAAUCUUCUCUCUGUCGCUUACAAAAAUGUUGUAGGAGCAAGAAGGUCAUCUUGGAGAGUUGUCUCAAGUAUUGAACAAAAGACAGAAGGUGCUGAGAAAAAGCAGCAAAUGGCUCGAGAAUACAGAGAGAAAAUUGAGACUGAACUAAGGGACAUCUGUAAUGAUGUGUUGUCUCUGUUGGAAAAGUUUUUGAUUCCUAAUGCUUCCCAAGCAGAAAGCAAAGUUUUCUAUUUGAAAAUGAAAGGGGACUACUACCGUUACUUGGCUGAGGUUGCUGCUGGUGAUGACAAGAAAGGGAUAGUGGAGCAGUCACAACAAGCAUACCAAGAAGCUUUUGAAAUCAGCAAAAAAGAGAUGCAACCAACACAUCCUAUCAGAUUAGGACUGGCUUUAAAUUUCUCUGUGUUCUAUUAUGAGAUCCUGAACUCACCGGAGAAAGCUUGUUCCCUUGCGAAGACUGCUUUUGAUGAAGCCAUUGCUGAACUUGAUACGUUAAGUGAAGAGUCAUACAAAGACAGCACACUAAUAAUGCAGUUACUGAGAGACAAUUUGACAUUGUGGACAUCAGAUACCCAAGGAGAUGAAGCUGAAGCAGGAGAAGGAGGGGAGAAUUAACCAGCCUUCCAAUUUUUGUCUGCCUCAUUCUAAAAUUUACACAGUAGACCAUUUGUCAUCCAUGCUGUCCCACAAAUAGUUUUUGUUUACGAUUUAUGACAGGUUUAUGUUACUUCUAUUUGGAUUUCUAUAUUUCCCAUGUGGUUUAUGUUUAAUAUUAGGGGAAUAGAGCCAGUUAACAUUUGGGGAACUUUUGUUUCAUCCAAGGUGGCCAAUAUAGGGAUGUGGAAUUUUUAUAAAAGUUUUACAUGUUUGGCAUAGUACUCUUGGUACUUUGUGGCUUCCCACAAAAGCCAAUGUUAAACAACUUCCUAUGUUGAGCGAUGAAAAACUGCUUGCAUAUUGGUCUGUCACAGUGGUUAAAAAAAGGGAUGAUGGUUGCAACCACAUAGGUGUAGUGAAUGUGGGUACUUCAAUGUUGGAACGCACAGCAAAGAAAAAUUAAUGUGCCAUGGAUAUUACAUGUCAAUCAUGUGAAUCUGUGGAAUCUACAAUCCAAGAAUACAUCUUCGAUUAAAGCUGAAAGAUGUUCCUUAAAGUGGCUUGCUAACCAAAUGAACUUUCUCUAGAGAAGGGCAGAAACGGUUCACAUUCCAUUACUUGUAAAGUUACCUGCUGUUGCUUUCAUUAUUUUUGCUACACAAUUUAUUUGUAUUUAAAUGGUUUAGGCAACCUAAGAACAAAUGUACAAGUAAAGAUGCAGUAAAAAAUGAAAUGCUUGAUAUCAUAAUUACACUGUAUAUCGAGCACAGCAGUAAAACAAACCCAUGUAUUUAACUUUUUUAGGGUUUUGCUUUUGUGAUUUUUUUUGAUACUUUGCCUAACAUGCAUGUGCUGUAAAAAUAGUUAACAGGGAAAUAACUUGAGAUGAUGGCUAGCUUUGUUUAAUGUCUCCUGAAAAUUUUCAUGAACAAUCUAAACAUAACUGUUAAGAACAUGUGUAUUAAGUUGAUGUAAGUGGAAUAAAAGUUUUAUGAAUGGA